AUGAGUCUGCGCCAGGAUGUUCUGCGCUCGCAGUCUAUAGACUCAUACGUUGUCCUCGACAACAAUCCUGAUAAUAAUCAACCAGAGCACGACUCUGACGAUGAGUCAUAUGUCAAUGUUAUAUCAUUGCCUGGGACACCCGCACGAACACGGCCAUCGUCGCCUACGGGGCGCAGUAGCGCCUCCUCAAGACCAGCCCCUGGGCCGUUGCACUUGAGAUCGAAGAGCACCGCGACAACGGAUCCGUUGAGGGCACUGCCCACUGAGAUAUCACAAAAGGUGUUUGGACGCCUGAGUAUAACUGAGCUCGCCCGAUGCGCCAGGGUAUCGAAGAAAUGGAACAGGAGCCAAUCAAUAAAUUAUGUGUGGUUCCAGCACUACAGGAAAGAGAACUUUCACGACGAGAGCUUGCCUCCUGGCAAGUGGACGAAACGCGAGUCCAAACAGAAUUGGCGUAUCGUGUACAUUCAAUCUCAAGCCAGUAAAGAACCCUCGAUGAAUGCCACUACAAAAGCUAUGAGAGGGUCAGGAUACACUUCCCCCAGUGGUACUGCGUCUGGAUAUCAGACCCCACGCGAGAUAAGGGAGGAGAAAUGGAAGUUGGAAGCGGAAGCGUCGGUGAAGCCCGGCAAAGUCGAAAUGCGGGAGAUGUACAAGGACCUUGGAGGCCGCAAGUCGAAGACGAAAUUCAAGAUGGCCGCCGGGGGGAUUAGGGAUAAAGGAGGUUGGGACAACGGAGGCGAUGAUGGUUAUUAG